AUGAAAGAAAUGAUAACCAACCAGGAACAACUUACCAAGCUGCAGGCACAAGCACACAUUGAUGGGAAAGGAACUGCUCAUAAAAAGAAGGUGGUUCCAAAAACAGCCACAGCAGAAGACAAAAACCUGUACUUCUUAAAGAAGUUAGUGGUAAACAAUAUCUCUAGUAUUGAAGAGGUGAAGAUGUUUUCAACCCAAGGAACAGUGAUCCAUUUUAACAACUCUAAAGUUCAAGGGUCUCUGGCAGGAGUCAUCUUCAUCGUUACAGGCUAUGCUGAGACAAAGCAGCUGGCAGAAAUGAUUCCCAGCAUUCUACAUCACUUUGGUGCAGACAGCCAGACUAGUUUAAGGAGACAAAAAUAA